AUGUCCUCGGCCACCCCCUACUCGCCGGCCACCGCGGGAUCGAUCAGCAGGACCAUCGCAGCCCUGGCCGCCCGCAACGUGGACGCCAUCCUGGUGGAGAGUCGGGAAGCGGCUUUAGCCAAGCUGCGCGAAUGGGUUCCGGAGGGCGCCGAGGUCUUCGUGAGCACGUCGGAGACGCUGGACACCAUUGGCUACACGGAAUACAUGCACGGCAACGACCGCUACAUCAACCUGCACGACCGGAUGUUGGCCCAGCCCGACGCGGCAUCCCAGCGGGAGUACCGCCGCAAGACCACCACCGCCGACCACUUCGUGGGCAGCGUGCAGGCCAUCGCCGAGACCGGCGAGAUCGUCGUCGCCAGCGGCUCCGGCAGCCAGAUCGGAGCCUAUUCCUACGGCGCCCGGCGCGUCAUCCUCGUGGCCGGCACGCAGAAGAUCUGCGCCACCCUCGCCGAAGCCGAGGCCCGCACCCGCGGCUUCACCCUGGAGCGCCACGACCGGUGGCUUGAGGGCCGGGGCUCCGCUCGCGCACCCAUCGGCAAAUUCCUGGUGAUGGAACACGAGCCGGUGGUCGGCCGCAUCUCCAUGAUCCUCAUUCCCGAAAGUCUCGGUUGGUAGAUGGCUUCACGGUCGUAGAUGGUUGCCCCGUCAUCGAACGCGAAGGCGCC